UUUAGAAUUCCUUAUAAGAAACACAAUAAAUAUGGAAGCAACAAUCUUGGAAGAAUCAUUUUGUAGGUUGUGCCUAAAUACUAUAAGGGAUUCAAAUUGCCAGGUGAUUGAAGAAGUCAUAAGAGAUGUUCUAAGAAUUGUUUUGCCGGUUGUGAAUUUGGAGGAAAAAGUUAAACAUUUCAUGUGUAAAACAUGUUCCGUAAAAUUAUUUGCUGCUUUUAAUUUUAAGGCAAUAUGUAUGGAUACUGAGGAUUUAAUAUUUCCUCAUAUUAACGCUAGUGAAAUGUCGGCGAUUGAUUUAAAGGAAGUUUAUCUAAAAGAGAAGGGAAAUAUUCAGUUAAUCGAUGUAUCGGAAGAUCGGAGAAUAUGUCGAUUAUGUUUUCAGCCGGUAACUUACCGAUUUGUGUCACUAAAUGAAGUGGAUGUUGACAUAAUCGAUACAUAUAUACCACAGGUUAAUAUCAGUGCUACCAGGGAUCCUAUUAUAUGCGCAGCAUGCUUUGAUUCGCUUCGUACCCAUGGCAGUUUUUUAAAGAACUGCCUUGAUGCACAUGAGAAAUACACAAACGUCUAUCAACAUUCUUACCUUAAAUCCGAGGAAAUUGAAAUAAAACUAGAUCAUCAGGACAGCGACCCCAUACCGCAGACCUCCGAUAAUGAACCAUCGGAGGAGAGUGACUGUAGAGAUGCAGAAGGGGAUGAAUGUAAAGCUGAGAAUAAGGCAGCGAACAAAUGUAAUACGAAAUCCAAGAAGGAGCGCAAAGUAUCGUACAAAUGCGAUAAAUGUAUUUACGAAACUGAAAUCGAGAGGUGUUCUACGUCACAUCAUGCGAGACACAAAAAUGAUUCGAGGCACCUGUUAAGGCAUAAAAACAUUUCAAAAAUACGUAUGCACCAGUACGAAUCAUGUAAUUACAAGAAAAAAUGCAGAUCUAACCUUACGGAGCAUCAGGUGGAACACAAAGCACAAUUGUACAAGUGCAACUUCUGUGAUUUCAAAACGAAAUGGAGGACCAGUUUUAAUAGUCAUUAUGUGAAACACAAAGACUCAAACAAAUGUGAUGAAUACGAUUAUAAAACUGAAUGCAAGUCAUUGCCGCAUAAGGACACUUCACAGCUGCCUAUUUAUAAAUGCAAUGGUUGCAACUACGAAUCAUUGAAUAAAAGUAAUUUCACCAAACAUCAGUUGGUGCAUAAAGAUCCUUUGCAGAUUCAAAUGUACAAUUGUACUGACUGCGAUUACAAAACUAAAUACAAGAAUUAUAUCAAACUGCAUCAACUGAAGCACAAAGAUCGCGCACAGAAAAUUGUUGCAAUGAAGAAUGUUCAAGAAACUUCUUGUAAGCUUUGUCUCAAAACUGUAGGUUUUGAGGUAAUAAACGACGUUAUUAGAGAUAGUUUAGAUGUUCUUUUGCUAAAAUUGAAAUUUGAUAGCGAGGGCAAAGAGGUUAUAUGUACCGUUUGCAGAAGAAAGUUAAACGCAGCUUUCGAAUUUAAGUCAACUUGUCUGAAGAACGAUUACACAAUUAUUCCAUAUGUGGAUUGUGAAAAAAUGUUGCAGCUCGAUAUAAGAGAUGUGUAUGCGAAGGAAAAGAUAAGCGAGUCAAUGGAUAUUUCAGAUGGUCAGAAAAUAUGUCGAUUGUGUAUGCAUCCAGUAGAAAGUGAGUUUAGGUGCAUUUGUGAAGAGGAACUUGAAGCUAUCGAGGAAUUGGUUCCUGAAAUGAAUUUAAAUAUCAUCAAAGAUCCCGUUGUAUGUAAGGAAUGCUUUGAUUCUGUGUGCACCCACAACAGUUUCCUAAAAAAUUGCAGGGAAAUACAGGAAAAAAUUAGAGGUAUUUUUAAUAGCGCAGCAGCGGAAAGUCAGAUGGAUACGUCACCAUCUGAUUUAUUCGUUAAGGCUGAAAACCAGGACAAAGAAUUCGAUUUUAACGACAUGGAAAUGUCAAUCAAAACUGAAAGUAUUGACAUAAAAUCGGAAGAUGAAGAAAGGAGUGACUCGCUACUGCAGAGCUCCGAUAGUGAAUCAUUCGAGAAGAGCGUCCUUACAGAUGCAGAAGGGGAUGGAUGUAAACAUGAGAAUAGAUCGACAAACGAAUGUAACACGAAAGUCAAGCAGGACGACAAAGUAUUUUACAAAUGUGAUAAAUGUAUUUACAAAACUGGAAGCGAGAGCCGAUUUAUAGCACACCGUGCGAGACACGAGAACGAUUCGGAAGCAUAUAAAUGUGAAUCGUGUGAGUAUGAAACUGAAAAUAAAAAAUUUUUUCAGAAGCACCGGCUGAGGCAUAAAGCUCCUUUGGAAGUACGUAUGCACCCAUCCGGAUCAUUUGAUCACAAGACAAAGCACAUGUGUGAGUUUGCUAAGUGUCAGGUGAAACACAAAAGCGCAUCUGAAGGACGAUUGUACGAGUGUGACUUUUGUGAUUUCAAGACAAAACGUAAGGUCAAUUUUAAUAGUCAUUAUAUGAAACAUAAAAAUUCGAACAAUUGUGUAGAAUGUGACUGUAAAACCAAAUACACCGCAUUACCGAAUAAGGACAGUUUACAACUUCCCAUUUAUAAAUGUGACGGUUGUACAUACGAUUCAAAGGAUAAGAGAAACUUUACCAGACAGCAGUUGGUACAUAAAGAUCCUUCACAGGUCAAAAUGUACAGGUGUAACGACUGCGAUUACAAAACUAAAUACAAGAGGAAUAUCAAAGGUAUGAGACACCUGAGAGCUCCUAAUAUGAGAUACCUCAUAUUACAGGACAAGGCGUCGCAUAUGAAGGUAAAGCAUUUUCACCACUGGGUAACUAGUAUAGAUGAGCGAAACAUGAGCGAGAGAUGCAAAGAUAAGUCUAGUCGUGCAGGAUCAGCUAGCUUGACAACAUCAUCUCUGUACAAACUACAAAUAGAAGAAGCUUUGAAGAGAAAAAAAGAAAAGGAGGCAAAAAAAAACAAAGAAAGCCAAGGAAAAGUGCUGCAAAAGGAAAAGGAACUGAGAAAAGGCCUGUGA